AUGGCAGAAAUUGAAAUUUCACAAGAAACUUUCAAUAAAUACAAUAGCAAUGGAAAAAUCGCAUUGACUCCUGGAUAUUUGCAGGUAAUCAGUUCAAGUUUUUGAUGAUCAUUACAAAAUCAACGAGUACUGUUUCAGAGAUGCUUCGAAUCCAACGGAUAUCCAGGAUAUGAUGGUAUUUUGCAAAUUUGUGUAGGUUUUUUUCCCAAUUUGAUUCAACGUAAAUAAAUACUAUUGCGAAACCAAAGUUUUAUUGUAGAAAGGAAAAUGGGAAUUAGCAAAAGCCGGAUCUUUGGAGUAUUGUUAUCGAGUUAGAAUAAGUGAUGGAGCAUUCCAAUAUAGUAAGUUAUCUGACACUCUUUUUGUUUUCAUUGAUUUUGUUUGAUUUUCAGACACUUUGAUUCAUGCAAAUCUUCAACAACAAGUCGGAGAUGAAAAGGAUGGUUUAGUUGAAGGAUCAGUCAUUGCUUUGACUGAUUGUGAAAUUUUGGAUAGUGACCAGAAAAAGACAUUUAUUAUUACUGGAUACGUAUUGCUCUCCAAAAGUCACGAAAUUGUUACACAUGAAGGUUUCAAAAAAGGAUUCAGUCAUCCAGGAAACGCAGAGCAAUUUAGAAAUUUCAAACCAACAAUGAAAUUCGAACUUCCUUGGAAAGAGGCAUCCGAAUACUCGAAGGAUGUCAUUGAAAAUCAACCACCUCCAACAAAAAUGAUGAAGACCGAUAAUGGAACUGUGCGAACACCAGCGCCUGCACCAAAAGCUGCGGCACCAUUGCCAAGAAAAGCUCCGAGUAAGACUGAAAGUGGAAUUAUGCCAAUUGCUGCAAUCACACCAUAUGCUAACAAUAUUAAAAUUCAUGGAGUUGUGACGAGAAAAGAAGAAAUGCGAUUGAUUCCAGCGAAAAACUUGAAAAUCUUUAAUUUCGAAAUCACCGAUGCUUUUGGUGACACAAUUCGUGUAACUGCAUUCAAUGAAACAGCGGAAUCGAUGGCUACUACAGUUGUUGAAAAUAUGGGAUAUUAUAUUAGUGGUGGAACUGUUCGCCAGGCUAACAAACAAUAUAAUAAUACUGGACAUGAUUAUGAGCUCACACUUCGUUCAGAUUCAAAAGUUGAGCAAGGAAAUGCGUCGAUUCCUGCUCCAAAAUUGACGAUGAAACGUGUUGAAUUAGCUCAAAUUGGUUCACAUCUUGGAAAUCUUAUUGAUGUUUUAGUUGUUGUUGAGAAAAUUGAUGAGAAUUGCACAGAGGUGACCUGAUUUUUGAACCCAAAAAUUAACUUUUUUUACUCUUUCAGUUUACUUCACGAAACGGUAAAGAUUUGGUGAAACGGGAAAUGGAUUUGAUCGACGAAUCGGCUGCUAUUGUCAGAAUUACACUUUGGGGAAACGAGGCUCGAAAUCUCGACCCACAAGAUUAUUUCAAAAAAGUUGUUGCCUUCAAAGGUGUCACUGCUCGCGAAUUCAACGGAAACUUCACUUUAUCAACUGGUCAAGCUACUCGUAUUUACACUGUUCCUGAAUAUCACGGAGUUGCUCAACUUUUUGAUUGGUACGAAAAUGAGCGAUCAACUGUGGAGAUUAAAUCAUUGAGUCAAUUCAAUCAAGGAGGUGGUUCAGAUGCUCCACGAACAAUUGCCGGUGUCACUGAAAUGCGUUUCGGUGAAAAUUCAGAAAAGGGAGAUUAUGCAACAUUGAAGGCAAUGAUUACUAGAAUAAAUCCACAGAAUACAAUGUAUAAAGGAUGUUCGAAUGAAGGAUGUCAGAAGAAGGUUGUUGAAACUGAUGGAGAAUAUCGUUGUGAGAAAUGCAAUUCGACAAGCAACACUUUCAAAUGGUUGUAUAUGAUGCAAUUCGAACUCGCUGAUGAAACUGGACAAGUUUAUGUGACUGCUUUCGGUGAUACGGCUGCUAAAAUUGUUGGAAGAACUGCACAAGAAGUUGGAGAAUUGCGUGAUGGGGAUGAACAAGAAUUCAAUUCUGUCUUUGAGGGUCUUCUUUUCCAACCGAAAUUGUGGAGAGUUCGAUGCAAAAUUGAGACUUAUAAUGUAAGUUUUCAAUGGAAAAUUUGAUGAAAAAAUGGCAGCUUGGAAUUCACAAAAUCUCUUCGAAUUCUAAGCUCCAAUUUUCAUUUAUAAUAUUCUCAAAAAUAUCUCUAAACUCUAACAUUUUUCAGGAAGAAGCUAAACAACGUCUCACUGUUUUCACUGUCGAGGACAUCAACCAAGACAAAUAUAUCAAUCAUUUGGAGCAACUUGUUGAAUUUUUGGAAGAGAUGGACACUGAAUAA